CCUCUUGCUCGGUCAGUGCUGUGCGCCACCUCUAGCAGUGUGCUUCGCGUGUGUGCCGCGUAUCGCGUUGAGUGUUUUGCUUGCAGUGACCAAAUACCACACACUCACUCUCAUACAUACAGCCACCCACCCAUGCUGGUGUGGGCGCAAUGCAGGGGGAGGGUGUAGAACGUGGUAGAAUUUUGUGAAUUGCAAUCGCCCGCUGGCAGGAAAUCAAUCGGUACGGUGUAGAGCAGCGUUAGGUUAGCGUACCUCGCGGGAGGAAGAAAAAUACGUGUCACUGCGUGUGUGUGUGGGGUGGAACGCGCGGGGGUGUCGUGAAAAUAAUAAGAAACCACCGUCCAAACUCCGGAUAAGUUUCGUGUUGGUGCACGGAGCCACCGUGUGCGUAGGUGUGUAGGGAGCAGUUUGCAGCGUGACAGCACCCCCUGUGCGUAGGCCGAUGAUGUUUACUACGUGAACUGUGGUUUGGCUGUUUGAUUAUAAAGUGUACAGUGAAACGAUACGUGUGUAUAUGUGUGUGUGUGUGUGUUUAUGUAUCGUGAGUUUGUAAAUAUAGUAGCAGUCCAGCAGAGCAGCAGCAGCAGCACCACCACCACCACCACCCUCUUCUCUAUAGGCCGUUCUUCUCCGGUGCAAUAGUGUGUUGUAAAUAUAAACGCGACUCUUCUUCUCCAACCAACAGUGCAAUAGAAGUGACAGUUGUAAUCGUGCCCAAGUAGCACUAAAUGAUUCGAUGCAGUGCUUGCGUGUGUGUGCGUUAUCACUCCUUGAAGUGUAGGAGUGCGUGUCACAGUGUAUAAGUGCGGCAAGAGUGCGUGAUGUGAUUAGUGCAACGGGGAGGUUUUUUUUUUGGUUCUUCAAUAAUAAAAAAAAAGAUCAGUUCUUAAGUUAUGUGAUACAUCGCGCACCUGUUUCCGCUUUGGCUUAUUGUUUCGUUGCCAAGCGUGUAUUUGCGGGGUGCGAGCGUUUUGUUGUGUAUGCAUCAGGUGAAUGUGGUGUCGUCGUCGGUGCCGUUGUUGUGUGGUGGCCACCGCUCGUUUGCAGCAGCAGUAGAUGGAAUCCGCCGCGUGCCCGUGUCUGCCCGCACGGUGAGACCAUGGUCCCAGCAGCAACAACAACAACAACAACAACAAUGGGCAUCAUCGUCCGGCGAUGGACGCGGUGUGCAUGUGUCAAGCCGUAAAGCCCCCCCCCGCACCGUGUGCGCGUGAGUGUUGUGUGGGGUUGUCCGUUCGGCGGGUGUGUGGUGCAAUGAUACGAUAAUGGUGUUGGUGCAUGUCGCAUCCCGCGCUACUACGCUACUUACCCUUGGUACGCGAUCGCCCGUCGUUUGCCGUUGCUGUGUAGGAGGCGUCGACACCGAGCCCGAUACAAAGCAGAAAACCAACGGCCACAGCGAGCGCGGUGGCGUCGUGUUGAUGUUGUGGAGCCCCAGCGGAGAAGCAGGAGGAAGAAGGGGAGUCCCCAGUUGGCGAGAAAGUGGGCCGAAGACGUGUUUCCAUCGCCAGUUUUUGCCCAUGCAGUCGCCAAGACGGGGUUAGGAAGGAGGAAAUGAAUCAAACGGUCGUGCGUCGUGAAUUUCUGUGUGUGUGUGUGUGUGUGUGUGCGUGUUAUGUGCAGCGACAAACAAAUCAUGUUCACGCUUGAUGUGUAGUGAAGUAGUAGCCGAGUGAAGCAAAGAAACAGCAUCACAAACCCGCGAAAGUGGGGGGGAAGGGCACGCACGCGAAACAAUAAUACCUCGGCUGCAGCCCCGCGCGCGCGCGUUUGUGAAUCCUUGUGAAGUAGCUUGACAACAAACAAACAAACAAAUAAACAAACGUAAAACCCGAACCACGACGCACAGCAGCGACAACUGGUGCAGUACAGCGGGCGGCACAUUACGACAACACCUUUGGGAAGUUUGCCGCAAGCUUUGACAAACACAGUCGCAAGGACGUGUGUUUAGUUCGGGAAGCAGCAGUGAGCCCCGCUAGGCAGCUUAACCGUCAAAUCAGUGGAGUGAAGCAACAAAGUACAACAAGCGACAUCUAUCCACCUGCAAGGAUAGAUACUGCAAGUGCAAGGCAAUUCGGAACAUAUGAUAUAUUCCGAAAAACUAUUUGUAGAACGUGACAGACAUCCAGUACACGGAAUCGUCGACAAAAUUGCACCGUGAUCAUAAUCGCUUUCACAAUGGCGGACACUGAUAAAAGGAUGGCAGUGUUGUUCAUGUAGUGUAGCGACUGCAUAAAGCUAAUCGAGCGCCUAAAUAAAACAGGUAGCGCCACCAGGAGAUAGGAGAAGCAAAAACAAAAAAGCAUUUAAAAAAGCAGAAAAUAGCAUAUAUUCAAACAUUAGCCAUAGGAGCGAAAGUGCCAAGCCUUGAUGCGGCCCGUUCUGCCCAACCUGCACAGCUGGGGCAAGCAUGAUACCGCAAAAACAACCGACGCCAGCAUCAACAUCAGCAUCAUCGUCGUCCUCAUCGCCAUCGCACCAUCAACAGUCCGUGAAUGCUAGUGUCACCGUGGCCCACAGCAACAGCUCCAGCAUGACAACGACCGUCGUCGCCGUUAGCACCGGUCCCGGAACGGCAGCGACGGUCGGUCCAUCCUCCGGGACAACGACGACGGUAGCGGCGGCGUCGUCGGCCGCGUCCGAGAAACCCGUCACACAGAAUGCGACACCACGGCAGCACCCGAAAAAGCGCAAGUUCGAUCUUGCCGAGCUGGAGGAAAUGGAAUCACAUCGGCCGGUACCGCCGCCACCGCUGCCAGUUCCACCGGCUGCCACGCCCGCACUGUCGCCUCCGGGCGGGUCCAACGGAGCGAAACAAGCGACAACACAGCCGAUGGACACCGGAGGAGGAGGAGAGGAUGAUAGAAAGGCCGGGAAUCGUGGUGCGCUGUACGAGCAGUCUGCUGUCGCAUCGCCAAACGCAUCGUCUACCGGAAACAUCGCGGUAUUUAAGAACGGCGAGCCAGAGGAAAACGGAAGCUUUGGUGCGUACCAUCAUCAGCAGCAGCAGCAGCAGCAUCAUCACCACCACUAUGGUGCUACCAAUGGUAGUUUUGGUAGGGAAGGUGACAGCCCUGGUAACCAUCAUGCCACCGACGUACGGACAGGCAAUAGCAUUUCCACGUACGAUGUGCCUGUGCACCAUUCGGACCGAUCGCACCGUGAGCCGGUGGACAGUCGGGAGCGGAUCGUGAUGAACUCGGUUAGCCACCGGUCUCAGCUAAGCAGCAGCCCCGGUCAGGGCCCGCAACCAGCAGGUUCACCCGCAAGCAACGGUUCCACGGUGGUGCACAACGCACACCAGCACCACCGUGGCAGUCCGGGCGCAAUGAUCAAUCUCACCUCCGUCCCGACCACGGCAACGCUGCUAACGAUGGUACCGGCCGGUGGGAAGGCACACCAGCUGCAGCAGCAGCAGCGUUCGUCGCUCUAUUCGCAUCAGCUUCACCAGCACCAGCAGCUGGCAUCGGGGCGGCAUAGUCCGAGCAUGAUGAUCGCUGCCAGUAGUAGCAUAAGCAGUAGCACUAACAGCAGUACCAGUAGCAUUAAUAAGUGUAGCAGUAGCAACAACGGUGCCACCUUGACCUCUUCUCCCUCUCCCUCCUCCUCCUCCUCGUCCACUAUCGCCACGAUGAAUCGAUCUCAGAGCUAUACCAUUUCCACGAUCACGCUGCAGCCGCAGCCAACCGCGUCGACGGCAGCGUCACCGUCACCCGGUGCCAUCGAAUCAUCUAGCCAGUUGCAUCAGCAGCAGCAACAGCAUCCAGCGAUCGGACACAAUCGGCAGAUACUGCUUGCGGUCGAUCCUGCUACUAUAAGGCACCAUCAGCAGCAGCAGCAGCAACAAAUUUUACGAUUGCAGCCGUCGUCCGCCACACCGGAGGCGUAUUACGUGAGCAGUAAGAAGCUGCACACGAUGCCAUCGUACGGCUCACCGGGAAGCUACAAACCUUCCCCGACGCCGCCAUCGGCCGUUAGCAGCGGGAAUGCCACAUCGACACCGUCGCCCGUCCAUCACCACUCGGGCCCGACGUCGUUCUCCAUGCCGCAGCAGCAUCACUACCAACAUCAACAGCCGGGUCAGCAUUCCCAGCAGCAGCAGCAGCAGCAGCAACAGCAGUUCCGCCAACAGUCACCACCGGCACCUCGUCCAUCGUCCUCGUCCAGCACGACCGCCCAGCUGGAGCCAGUUCAGCUUUCGGCGGCCAGCGGGCAGCAGCAACAGCAGCAGUACAGCACUGCUCCCGUUGCACCCGCUUCCCCACUGAUCGACCUCAGCGAAUGGAUCAACCAUCGGGUGCUGGCCCGCCGGAAAGACGUGUACGACUCGGGCCGCAUACGGGCGACGGCCGCCCCAGGGACCGUGGUCAUUGGGUUCGACCAGCCGGAAGGCAGCCAUCAAACGUACGAAGGUGUGCUGGACGAUGUGCACCACCAGCAGGAUAUCAUCGACGACGUGUGCCCGGCACUGGCCGAUCUGCAGCCGGGUGUGAGGGUGUGCGUUAGGGCUACCUGUGUCCAUCCGCAUCCCGUGACGUCCAACGGGGGGGACGUGUUUGUCGAGGGCAUUGUGAAGGAAGUGCACGGCAACAAGAAGCAGUUUUCGGUGCAGAUUGCGGGCGGCUCGAUCGCAGACAAGCAGGAGUUACGAAUAGUGAAACGGGUUGAUAUGCGCCUCCUGAAACCGCCCUGGUGGGACGAGCUGGAAGAUGCGCUGGAUAGCUAUAGCGGUGGCCACACGGUGUCGGCAGUAGAUUGUGGCCCGAGCCGGCGUAACACAAACGAUCAUCAUCAUCUUCGUUCCCAUGAAGGAGAUAGUAGCACCGGAAAGUUACAACAGCAGCAGCAGCCACCCGCCAUAGUAAGCUACGUCCUAGCAACGUCGACCAACAGCGAACAUCAACUACACGGCAGUGGUGCCGGAACAGCAGGACAGCAACAGCCCGCCGGCACUGCCGCCACCAUCAUCUACACGAGUGGGGCACCGUACAAAAACAGCAUCAGCAUAACGCAGGGUCGUGGUGUGGCCAGUGCCGGCCUACGGUACGAUCCAUCGCUGGGAGCAGCAGCGGCAGCAGCAGCCGGAACGAGUGAUCAACAGCAGUUAAAGCAGCAGCUCCAUGUGCCAUUGCAAUUGCAGCACGUUCUACCAGCAGCAGGAGCGGGAUCGGGUGAAGAGCAACAGCACCAUUACCGCAGCGCUGCCACCUCACCAUUCCAGUCCGUGCAGCUCACGAUUGGUGGCGCUGCUACGGAUCAUCGUGAUCGGGAUGGGGUGGAGACCGCACACUACACCACUGCUGCUGCUGGUGUUGCUCACGCGCGCUCUCAUUCGCUGCAUCACGUGUCGCAUCCGGUGCAGGUCGGGAUGUCUCCGGCGCCGGCCCACAGCAGCAACAGCAACACGAUCGGCAGUGGAGCUUCGUCAGCAUCAGUGUCGGGUGGUGGUGUCGCUGGUGGUGGUCCUCCCAGCAGCUCAGUAUUAAGGACGCUCAGUCCGGACGAUCUGCGCAUCGCGAACCGCAGUUACGACAACGAGAGUGACGACGAAGUGCGCAGCAGUUUUCCCAUGGAAGGAGAAGCGGAAAAAUACUCAGGUAGCAGCAAGCGAAGCAGUAUGCAAAGCCGUGGAAGUACCUCAAGCUUACUGGACCAACGAAGUACACCUCGAUCUCAACCUGCAACCCCAAGAUCUCAAGCGGCCACACCGCACCGGUUCAAGAAGGGCGAUGUCGUUUCCACGCCCACCGGCAUACGGAAGAAGUUUAACGGCAAGCAGUGGCGCAGGCUGUGCUCGAACGAAACCUGUUCGAAGGAAUCUCAAAGACGAGGCUACUGCUCGCGGCAUCUCAGCCAGAAGGGUAGCAAUGCGCUCCGGUCGUCCACCAGCUCGGUGACGAAUCAUUUCAACAGUAGUCGAUCGAGCAGCAAAACACAGCUAGAUGAGGAAACAUCUAGAGAUUCGGAAACUUCACCCCAUUACCGGGUGGCGGGACGGUUCGAUCAGGACGAAACGGAUGCGGCCAAUAUGCUGGUAUCACUUAGCAGUUCCCGCUCAGCGACUCCGAGCAAUUCGUUCUCCUCGCCAACCGGGCACGGAUCGUCCCCGCUGGCAACACAAUCGCCGGUAAUGAUUGGCAACCGGCAGAACCUGUUUCUGCCGAUCGGCAGCCCGGCACCGUCCAACGAUCCGCACGGCAGUAUCGGCAGUGGCGGCAGCAACAAGUACAAAACGAAUACUCCGAGCCCGAGCCCAGCGCACGUCAUUGGCGGCGGUAUCGGCAUCGUUGGUAGUGGCGGGCCUGCUGGCAGCGGCCAUCACCAUCAGCUGAUUCGCCCGGAAUCGCUGCGGCCAACGCAACCGGCGGUCAGUGGUGCCGGCGCCGCGCCACCACCGACCGGUCACGCGACCAGCGUUAUACGUAUGUCGCCCCUGUACUCCCAGCAUUCGGCCCAUCCGUCGGCGAUUUACGCCAGCUAUCCUGUGCAUGUGGCAGGCGGUGGAGGUAGCUCAUCGGCGGCACAAACGAUUAACGCUUCUUCACAGCAACAGGCUGUAAGUGUGGAAGCUGUAUCGUCUAAUGGCGUUGCCCAACACCAACAGCAGCAGCAGCAUCAUCAGCAGCCGUCGCAACAUCAACAGCAGCUACAUCAGCAACAGCAAGAACUGCAGCAACAACAGGAACCGCAGGAGCAACCUCACGCGCUGGUAACGACCAGUCGAUCGCAACCGAUCUCCGGUCCGGCACAGCACGUUGCGCAAUCAGCGUCGCCGGCCGCCCUCCACCAUCAUACGAUCAUACAACAACAGCAGCAGCAACAGCAACAACUGUCGCAGACGACCUCCCAACAACAGCACACAGUGUUAUUAACCAGUCAACAUCAGCAAUCCUUAACCGUGCCAAAAAACGGCAUUAGCACGGGUUCCACCUAUCAAUGGCAUGCAUUGCUUCCGAUCAUAAACAGUCCGUCGGCGAUCGCCAAGAGCAACCUCCAUCCACAUCAUCAACACCACCACUACGCGCACAUGGCGCACUCGCAGGCCUACGGACCAGCUGCUGCCGCAGCAAACACUGCUGCUGGCCCACCAUCAUCAGCGGCAACGACGGCGGCGGUUGCCUCGCAGCAACCAUCGCCGAUUGGAAGCUCCUCCGCAACGACAGCCAAGCCGUCGUCGGCGGGCGCAUCCUCGAUGGUCAUCGUGCCGUCGAAGGUGUACUCGUCAACGCCACCGCCUCCUCAGCCAGCCGCCGGGGAGGAGAUGGUUUCGAUCGACGACGACGACCAGGGAGACGAUGAUGUCUUUGAAGCAGAGCCCGUGAAAACAGCAGCACCCAGCACGAAAAACUCUACCGCGCAAGGUGGAGCAGGAGAGCAGACAAACAACCGGUAUGCGGCCGGUAACGGUAAUAAUGGUAGUGGUGGUGGUGGUGGUGGUAGCGGUGGUGGUAGCGGUGGUGGUGCCGGAAGCCAUCAACUGUUGCGCGGCAUGGACAUAGAAGCGCCGGUCACGGUCACGAACAGUAAGACAAGUUCGGCCGAGAGUGCCGAAUCGAUCGCAAAGCGACGAACGCAAUCAUGCAGUGCAGCGCUGCAGGCCGCCGCCGCUGCAGCGAACGGUGGCAGCAGCGGAGGUGCCGGUGGAGGCGGAAGUGGCAGCGCUACGCCGAAGGAACCGCAGAGUCCGCUGAGCAACAAGAAGGACGCUAAAAUACGGCGCCCGAUGAACGCGUUCAUGAUUUUCUCCAAGCGGCACCGGGCGCUGGUCCACCAGAAGCAUCCGAACCAGGACAACCGAACGGUGAGCAAGAUCCUGGGCGAAUGGUGGUACGCACUGAAGCCGGAAGAGAAAACCAAAUACCACGAGCUGGCGAGCGAGGUGAAGGAGGCGCACUUUAAGGCACACCCGGAGUGGAAGUGGUGCUCGAAGGAUCGCCGAAAAUCGUCCUCCUCGGCGAAAGAAGGGAUGGUUGGUGGCGGCGUGCCUGCGUCCGGUAGUGGGCCGGGCGGGUUAGCAUCAGCGGGAGGUAACAGUGGCCGAGGCCGCAUGGAUUCGUUCGACGGGAACGAUUCGUUCGAUGAAAGAAGCCCCAAAACGCCGUCCGACGUGGCAAUGCCCUCCGUUGGGGGAGGAACGUCCGCCGGGGGCGGCAACGGAAGCCAGGCGAACGAUAUCAUUCCACUGACCGUUGCACCGUACAACACAAUUGACGAAACACCCGAACCAGCGUCCGGUGUGAUGAUGAUGCUGCCACCGACAACGACGGCCAACCACGGAUCCGUGGCUUCGUGCAACACUGGCAGCCAACACAAUCCGGAACCGAUGGUUGUCGAUACGGCAAGCCGCUCCUCCUCGCCGUCCCACCAACGGUACGCCGAGCCGGAGGGGCGGGAAAAGAACGACGAACGGAUGGAUAUAUCCAUUACCGAUGAGCAGAUGGACGAGGGGGGUGAUGUUGCUGAAGACGAUCAGCCGAUGACGAUCGCGGACGACGAGUCGGUACCGCGAAAGGCACCACCGUCCGCGCAAUCAUCGAACGACGCGGCGGAGCUCGAUCUGAAAUGUGCCGAAAAGGUAAGCGACUCGGAUGUGGAAGACAUCUCCGGCAACGCCAAGGGCAAACAAAACCAUGGGGAGAUGAGCUCGUCUCAAUUUACUGCUAGUUCUUCCACCAAGGUUUCACAAUCGACGGUUUCAAACGACUACCAUCACGGCAGCAAUGGGGAUGUAGCGACAGAUUACUCCAUAAAAACACUGACAACAGCAGGCAGCAACAAUGGUGGCCAACCACCAACAACACCCGGUGGGCCCAAUUCCGCCUCGCUGGACGGCUCUUCCACAUCGUUACUGACGUGCAAACCGAAACCUAUCAAAGUGGGUGCGAUUGGCAGCAGUACUUCUACUGCUACUACUACUACUACUACUGCUACUACUACUGGCGGAAGUAACACCGCUGGUUCCGGUGCAGAUAGCAAUGGCAGCAGUGGUGGCAACAGCGUAGCUGCUGGAAAUGGGGCCAGCGUACAGGGCGGUACCAUGUACCAGCAUCAUCACUCGCAUCCUCACCAUCACCACCACCAUCCGAUCGGGUAUGCGUACAGUAGUCCGAAGAACCCGGUUGGUGUUUCACCAUUCCAGCCAACAGGAGGAGCAUUUAAAACGAUGCCACAAAGUCCGAAAACCCUGGGCAAGCAGGAUCAUCCAUCGUAUUUGCUCUCGCCGGCGCCAUCAACGCCGACGGCGUCCUCAAUUAAGAUGGAACCGGCAGAAAAUCUAACCAACAGCAGCAGCAACGGCGGCACCCGUAGCAAUGUCGAUACCAUCUUCAACUUCUCAUCCGCUGCCAUAAAGGAACAACAUCUGCAGCAGCAGCAGCCAAACUCGCUGUACCACGGGGGGAACGAUCAGCAGCAGCAGCACAAAUUUCUACUGGCCGUUAGCAGCAGCAGCAGUAGCAGUGUGGCAGAGCCAAUGUCGGGCGCGGUGGCCGCAAACUCAACGUUGACCGUUACACCGCCGAGCAGCAGCUGCUCCUCGGAGGGUGGGGCAAGUAGCCUCAGCAACAGCAGCACCAAAUGUAAAUCGCUGUUAGAGUUUAAUCCCACCAUUUGUUACACGAUCUCGAACGUUAACGGUAGCCAUGCAGCCGCCAGUAGCAAUGCAAACCAUAAGCCUAGUACUAACGCAAUAGUGAUGAGCAUGAAGCAAGUUCUACCGGUGGCAUCAUCCUCCGCACCGUCGUCCGUUGCUGCAUUGCCCACAUCGCUGACGAUGUCCUCGGUUGCAUCGUUACAUCCGCUGCAGCAGCACCAUCAACAGCAGCACCAGCACCAGGGUGUUGGCGCUACUGGCGGCUUCUCGAUGCUGUCCACCAUCAGCACGGGCAGCGGCGCCGGCGGUGGUGUACUGGCAAACACCGUCACCACCAACGCGAACAGUGCCACUGACCUGACGACGGUACUGCCAGCGGCGAGCAGCAGCAGCAGCACCACGACAACCAUCCUUGCAUCCGCCGCCAACCAGCGUCUACCGGGCCGGCAGAAGCUGAUGCUGUGUCCACAGUUUGCCCUAGUCCUUCCCGAUCACCAACAGUUUACGCUGACCGAUCGCUCUAAGAUUUCGUUCGCGAAUCUUGCCACGGCGACCAUUAAACCGGCCCAGGGCAACACUAUCUUUGCCGCCGUCCCCUCCCCCUCAUCCUCCUCCGCAUCCCCUUCCUCUUCGUCUACCACCACCGUCGCAUUUGCACUAACACCGUCGCCAUCCUGUUCCGCAUCCGCUACUACUAUCACUGGCGCAUUGCGGCCAGCCAGCAGCAACGGAACCAUCCAGCCGCCGACGGUGGCUCACGUGAAACUAACCAACAUCCUUCCGACAACAAUAACACCACCUACUUCAUCAUCCACCUCUUCAUCAUGUUCCAACACCCUCACCACCACAUCACAUUCUUCUUCUUCUUGGUCGUCGUCCUCGGCGUCGUCGGCGUCGUCGUCGAGUGUGCUAAUUAAAACGCAGUCGGCAACGGGCGCAAUCGUUCCGAAUGGUAUUGGGACCACCAACGCUGCCGGUGGUGGUGGUGGUGGUACUACUACAAUAAACGCGUCCAUUCCCGUACAAUAUUUGAUCCAAGGCAAGAUACCGAAUCUUCUCAUCUCCACAACACAGGGCUACCCGGCACAGAUUCAGCAGUCGCCGCAUCACCAUCCGCAGCAGCAGUACGCCACGAUCAAGCAGGAACCGCCGGAAUCGCCCGGCGCGAAACACUUGCUACCGGUAACGCCUACAUCCAACACUGCCGGAUCGGUGUACGGUAGUAACAGCAACAGUGGUGGUGGUGGUGGCUCUACUGUGCCCUCCGGUGGUAGCAGUGGUAACGAACGGGACGCUUCGAAUGAGGAGGAGGACAUGGAGGAAGAUUACGGCGAGGGCGGCGAUGGUGGCACAGCGGAUGCAGCAGCUGCUGCAGAGAGCAAACAGUUCAUUUUGGCACCGACGCCGGCGCAACUAGGUCGCGCUCCGCUACAGCGGCGUCAGAUGAGCAGUGGCGGCUGCAACAGCAACAGCAACAGUAACAGUGGUAUGUUGCAACCGGAGCAGCAGCAGCAACAAUCGGCGGGUAGCAACAAUGGUAGCAUCACCCAGCAACAGCAGCAGCAGACACCGAUGGAGGAUGACGGUGGUGAUGAAACGGCGAACACGUCGAACGAACAAAACAGCCACCACGCGCAUCAUCAGCACCAUCAGCACGCCUCGAUGCCGUCUGCCCUGCCGACACCGACGUCCGCCUCGAUGGAGGACUACCACAGCCAGAUCUCGCCGUCCACCGCUAAGAAAGCCUUCUUUCGCAAGGCGAAGCCCGACGAUAUGGAUAACGUUCUGCGACAGGUUGACUUUGAGAAAAAGUUUAAAACACUACCCCAGUUCAAGCCGGAAGAUUGUCACUCACCCAGUGCCAUUAUGGCGUCGUCACCACGUGUGUUCACGCAAAACUAUCGUAAAAAGCAAACCACGACUCACAAAACGCUGGUGCCGGAUGAAGAUCAGCAUAACAAUCUGCAUUCGGAUGGCAGUGCGCCUCCGCUGUCCAGUACUGCCACCCCGUCCAGCUCGUACGUGAUCGGGAAUCGAUUUUUCGGACCGGAUUUCAACAUGGAACAGUACAAAGAAAUGUCGGCGGAAAUGGGCCGGGGAGCGGUGGGAACUGGCGCCGGAAUGGGCGGCGGUCCCGGUGCUGACGAUCGUUCGCCCCGAACGCCCAAAACGCCGUCGCAACGAUCGGUCAAUUCGGCGGAAGAAAAGGGUCACCGGAAGAUACUCGAGCAGCGGCGCAAUCUGGUGGUGCAGCUGUUCAACGAGCACGGAAUGUUUCCGUCAACGCACGCCACCAACAGCUUUCAGUUGGCACACAGCGACAUAUUUCCGAACAAGCAGAGCCUGCAGCUGAAAAUACGCGAAGUGCGCCAGAAAUCGAUGGCCCAGCAGCCAGGUUUUACGCCACAGUCCGCUGGUCCGAUCACUCCGACCGAAAUUAGCGGUGGUCAGUCCGAUAGCAACCAGCAACAUUCGUUGUUGCAUCAGCAGCAGCAGCAGCAGCAUACUCAACAGACACAGCUUCACCAUCAACAGCAGCACCAGCAGCAACAGGAACACAGCAUCAACUAACUCUAACUCGAUAGUGUGUCGGACGAUAGGCUUUAACAGUUUAACAGUUAAAGGUAAGAGCCCAGAAAAAUAGCUGACGAGCUGGUUUCCUCGCUUUACGAAUGGGAUGACAAAUAGUAAGCACGAAUACACGAUAUCAUCAAAAUACAAAUCAUCAAUUACAAAUUAGCGGGAAUGAUGCAACAAAGCGAGGGGAAGCGAAAGAGAGAGAGAGAGAGAGAGAGAAAGAGAGAGAGAGAGAGAGAGAGAGAGAGAGAGAGAGAAAGAGAGAAAAUAGAGAAAAGUGAUAGUGGUAGGUGGUAAAAAUUUUAGCUGCUAAAAGUGAACGAAGUAAUAUUGUGUAUAGAGAGAUGCCAGGGCUCAACACACAUUUGCGUUUUGUUUCGUGUUCUUGCGCAUACAACAUUCACUUUCCAAACGGCAAAGCAUGGUUUGAGCGCGGACAAAAAUGUUCUUCCGUUUAGCGAUUAAUGAAUUGCCAGAGUUAUAUUAUAGCAAAAGCAGCAAGCAAGUUGUGGUUGGUUACGAACGUAAAGAAACGGAAAAAAAACGAUUUAUAUCGCAAACGAUGAAGUAAAACUUCAUAUCCGAGUAGCAAACUUCUUCUUUAACUAUAUAAAACAAAACAACAAACACUCUUUUUCCAGCAAUCAAUGCCCCAAUACAAUAGCUCUACAAUAGCCCCCAAUUAAUAUAAUCAUCCUUACAGCAAUAAUAGUGUCGCCAUUCCUCCUGCUAUAUAGUUGCGUUAUACAGCAUAGGACCCCUCAUCAUACGUACGACAGAUCGCAGUUAAAUACGACUGGGGUGGAAGCAAACAUUUAUCGCUAUUGCUUGUUCUUCUUUUUCCUCUGUUUUACGUACCGCAAACAAAUCAUCUACAAAACACACAUUCGCACACACGCAUACAAUACCUUUAUGUUAGGGAGCUUCUUAAGUACGUCGUUUCUUAUUAGUGUCCUUGGCUAAGAGCUGCAGAUUGAUGUAUAAAGAGAAGUAAAACAAGAUGUUGCAACCGAAUGUGUCUGUUCGUAUGUACUGCUCCCUUGUAGGGACGGUUCCGUGGAACAAGCAGAUUCCUUAUUAGCUCUUGUUUGUUUAGAGAUGACUCCGGUUUAUUGUUUUCGUUUAUUCUUUAUAGUCUAUGCUUACGACGCCGCAGCCGGCAGCAACAUUCGCACUUGAUGUGAGAUAGUUCAUAGUGGGCAGGGGGCAAAAGUGUACAAAGCAAGCAGCAAGAUCAUGAUGAUGAUGAUCAUGUUGAUUGUGUAAAUUUACUUUCUGUGAAGAAGUUGUGAGUGUGUGUGUGUGUGUGUGUGACGCCACACCGAAUGUGAUGUAGUAGAUGUGUAAUGCAGAUUAUAGAACAAUUGCAACAAUAUGCUAUGCUGUACAUUAAAAAAAAGUAUAUCAUCCAAAAUGACAAGUAGCAAUCAUGUUUCUAUCAUUGAUUACGAGUAACUUGAAGCAAGCCGUUCGAUAGAACGAAAGCAAAGGAAUGGAACGAAAGUACUCACAAAUCGUCGUAAACCACGUACACUUUUCGUGUAGACGGGGAAGACAGCCAGCCAAGCCAGCACGUGGGAGGAUCAAUCCGGUGAUUUUAGUUUUAGUAAAUCCUUGUCAAAAAGGUAUAGAGAAAGAGCAAACGCGUUCUAUAAAAAGAAGUUAUUUUCUCCCGAUUAUUAUCUUAAGUUGAGAAGAAAAAGAUGUCGGGGAAGGUAGAAACGAAAGAGAUAUGCAUAGAGAGGGCUAUGGAGCAAUAUAUGAUAUCAGUGCAAGCGUACACGACACAUCUGGUUGCUAACAGCAACCGAAAGGGCGAACGUGUACACGUGUUUGUAUAUACUGGACAUCACGGGAACACAUGUGUUGUGUGUGAGUGGGUGUGUGUGUGUGUGUGUGUUUGGAACCCUCUUAGUGUCUUUUCCCCCCUCCAUUGAAUGAACUUGAUUAGAAACAGUAACCAAAGUGUGUGUUAUUGUGCGUUAAUGAAUUGGAUGACAGAAACAGAACAACCGUCAAAAAAGUGACCGCCAUUAUUGUUUCCAUUGUUUUCACACAAUUUGUAUAUCACACAUUGUUUGUUUGUGGGUGUUAAACAAGCAAAAGUACAACAAAUAUACUGAUCGUAGUGAAAUUUGAUGCAAAUAGUAAAUAUAUGGAGCGCAGCUUUUCCGUUAGUUCGUCCUGUGUGUGUGUGUGUUUGAUAAUGAAAUUAGAGGAAAUGGCGUACGUGUGUGCACUUUUGUAACCAAGGUUUUGCCUGUGAUGAUUUGAUAUCAGGCACUGUUAUCACAACAAGUAAGAUAGGCAGGAAACGCAGUAUAGAGGGCGUGAAAAGUGAUCAGAGGAAGGAGAAAGGCUUGUUUUUGUAAGAUACAUUUCUAUGAUUUAUUACUUUUCGGGUUUCAUCAAACCAACCAUACAGAAAGAGUACAAACGUAUUUGUUUACAUAAUGAACUAAAUUAUUCCAUCCAAAUUUGAUCGAUUUUACUUUCUGGGUCUUGUUUAUACGUUUUACAUUAGUUUCGCAUUGCGCAUUUGAGUUGUUAAUCCUCCGUUCCUUUUUUUCUAUGUUCUAUGUUUGUGUUGCUACUCUUUAGUUGUCCCUUUACUUUCAAACCAUUUUGCUUAAUAUUGACAACAGUGGGAUUGUCUGGGUCGGAAAUGGCUGCCUACCCUCAGUUAGAAUGCGCUCUCGUUUUUAUAUGAAAGUGCAAACUUAAAGAUAUAAUCUUAAAGAUAAAAAACACACACACGCACCCGCACACACAAACCCAAUCCAACACGCUUUUUUGGUGGGCCAUACGGAGGAAAAUGGAACAUGUGUUUUUCUCUCUCCAGGUUUAUUGAUAAACACAACACGACGCGUGCACUGCUGUGUUGCACGUUUGUUUCUUUUUAAUUAGUAGCGUAAGAUCGAUAGAAGAGAAAUUAAGCUGACAAAAACCACACAACACACAGAUAGACAAAGGCUUGUUAUGAGCGGAAGAAGUGGCCGGCGGCAGGAGGAACUGCACGUUUAUUUUAUCUGUUUUUUUUAAUUCAAUUGAGAUAAAGUAAAGCCACAGAAGCAAAUGAAAUUGCAAAGCGUGAAUGUAUUGGUGGAAACAGGCUGAGAAAGGUGAGCAGCAACUAACACAAAUGCGCGUGAUUGUGUGCCCCUGCAUUGUGUAGCAUGCAUUAUUGACACAUCAAGAAAAAAAAAAUACAGGAUGAUGAAUGAUAUAUGUAAAGUGUGUGUCUGUGUGCGUAGAGGUAAAGCGCCAUUGGCUAUUAGCGGACGAUGCGGAAACAAACCACACAGCAAAAGUAAUUCUAGUAAACGAGUGAGCUAAUAGCAAAUCCCCCUUUCAGUAGUUGUGCAAUUAGGAUAUAAGAAGGACACACCACAAAAUGAAGCUGCAUUGUGAAAAGAAUUAUCAUAUUGUAUAUGAUUGAUUAUAGUAGAAAGCAUAAUUACUAUCUAGCGACAGCAUGGGCCAGACCGGUUGAACAUAUACGAUGAAUACGAUGGUACAUUUGUUGAACGAGUAUGUGUGUGGUGCGGGGGACGAAAUUCGCAUAUUAGCCAAACAAGCACUCCCAGCACCCAAAAAGUCAACAUCAUCAUUCUCCUAACCCCAUCCUCCUAUCCCCUAUCCCAUACAUUAAGCAACGUUCGGAAAAAUUAGGAAAAUCACAUUUACAAUUAUACUCUUCUCUACUCGUUCCGCGCAACGUGUGUAUGGACGGGGCGGGGUCGGAUGGGGUAUAUGUUGUGUGUUAGAAAUAUAGGUUUGAUGGAAACCACCGUGGCCACACACGCACACCCAUACACAAACAGACUCAACAAACGGGCGACGAUGCUCUGAUGAUGAUGAUGAUGAUGAUGAUGAUGAUGAUGUGCUAAUAUAAACAAAAACGAACGAAUUUCUAAAGUUUUCCUCUUCUUUAACUCACGAUGCAAACAAACAGACAAACAAACUGGAAUAUUGUAUACACAGAUACACAAACAAACAAACAAACAAACAUGAACGAGCAAGUGAGGGAUGCAUUAUAUACAUAAUAAUAGUGGAAAUGAAAUGACAAAAUGAUCACACAAAUUAAAUGGUAAAAUAGAAGAAAAAAUAUGAUAAAACAACAAAAAACAAACAAACAAACAAUGUUAAAAUGCCUGUAGGGCGACCUGAGAAAUGUAAACAUUUGAUAUACAACAAAAUGCGCACUCGCUAACUGAUAAAAAAAGAAAGAGAGGGAAAGAAAGAGGGUAGAAACAAAUGAUAGCAUUGAAGCAUAUAAUUCCAACGCAGAAGCCGCGCAGCAGCACACUCUCCUCUUUAUGUUACGGAGUGUUGUGGCUCUAGUAGUGACAAUUUGAG